AUGCCGGCGCCCUACACGCGGAUCGUGGGCCGAGGAGCCUUCUCGUUGAGGAGAUGGUCUGCCGUGCCGGUGCGUUGGGCCCACGCUCCCCGCGUGCUCCACGGAGACUUGGCCAAACUCUCCGGCCGGGCCCAAGAGUUUGUCGAGCAAGGGGUGCGACUCUGCCAGCCGGACAGCCUUCACAUUUGCGACGGGACGGAGAAGGAGAACAGCAAAAUCCUGAAUUUCCUCGAAUCCGAAGGCGUCAUCAAGCCGCUGACCAAAUACGAGAACUGCUGGCUGGCAAAAACCGACCCCAAGGAUGUUGCCAGGGUGGAGAGCCGGACGGUCAUCGUUACGGAGAACCAGAGGGACACGAUCCCCGUCACGGCCCCGGGGGUCAAAGGGCAGCUGGGCAACUGGAUGAACCCCCAAACCUUUCAAGAGGCGGUGGCUGAUCGGUUUCCUGGUUGCAUGAAAGGGCGCACCAUGUACGUCAUCCCCUACAGCAUGGGGCCGCUCGGCUCCCCGCUCUCCAAAAUCGGGAUCCAGCUGACGGAUUCGGCCUACGUGGUCGCCAGCAUGCGCAUCAUGACGCGGAUGGGCGCCGCGGCCCUCCGCACGCUGGGGGACGGCGAGUUCGUCAAGUGCCUGCAUUCGGUGGGACGGCCCCUGCCCCUUAGCGAAGACCUCGUGAACAACUGGCCUUGCAAUCCAGAGAAGACCUUAAUCGCCCACGUGCCGAAUCGCCGGGAGAUCGUCUCUUUCGGGAGCGGCUACGGGGGCAACUCCCUGCUGGGCAAAAAGUGCUUCGCCCUCCGGAUCGCUUCUUCCAUCGCCAAGGACGAAGGCUGGCUGGCCGAGCACAUGCUGAUCCUGGGACUCACCAACCCGGAAGGCAAGAAAAAGUACGUGGCGGCCGCCUUUCCCAGCGCGUGCGGCAAGACCAACUUAGCCAUGAUGAAUCCUACCUUGCCGGGCUGGCGCGUGGAGUGCGUAGGGGACGAUAUCGCCUGGAUGAAGUUCGACAGUGAAGGCCGCCUGCGGGCCAUCAACCCCGAGAACGGCUUCUUCGGGGUGGCCCCGGGCACGUCCACUCGGACCAACCCCAACGCCAUGCACACCAUCCAGCGCAACACCAUCUUCACCAACGUGGCCGAGACCAGCGAAGGGGGCGUCUACUGGGAGGGGAUCGACCAGAGGAUUCCGGAAGGGGUCACCAUCAGCACCUGGCAAGGAAAGCCUUGGAAGCCAGGGGAUCCAUGGCCCGCUGCUCAUCCAAAUUCCCGCUUUUGUGCCCCGGCUCGGCAGUGCCCCAUCAUGGACCCGGAUUGGGAAUCCCCGCAAGGGGUCCCCAUUGACGCCAUCAUCUUUGGGGGCAGGAGACCAGCAGGGGUGCCUUUGGUGUACGAGGCCUUCAACUGGCGCCACGGGGUCUUCGUGGGCAGCGCCAUGCGGUCGGAGUCCACAGCGGCGGCUGAGCACAAAGGCAAGGUCAUCAUGCACGACCCCUUCGCCAUGCGCCCGUUCUUCGGCUACAACUUCGGCCGCUACCUGGAGCACUGGUUGAGCAUGGAAGGGCGGAAAGGCGCCCGCCUUCCCAAAAUCUUCCACGUCAAUUGGUUCCGGAAAGAUGUCGCCGGGAACUUCCUGUGGCCAGGUUUCGGGGAGAAUUCGCGGGUCCUGGAGUGGAUCUUCCGCCGGGCGGACGGAGAAGAGAGCGCGAAGGAGACGCCCAUCGGGUACGUCCCCAAAGAAGGUGCCUUAGACCUGUCGGGCCUCAGCCAGGUGAGCCAUUCGGCGCUCUUUUCCCUGCCCAAGGAAUUCUGGGAACAGGAGGUCCGAGAAGUGAGACAAUAUCUGACGGAACAAGUACCCCAGGACUUGCCCAAGGAAGUCUUGAAAGAACUGGAAGCCUUGGAGACCCGGGUGAAGAAGAUGUGAGGAACCUCAACUGUCAAAGACGUCCAAAGAUUCUUCCCCUGUUUUUUGGGGUGGG